AUGCUGCACCUGACCAUGCAGCAUCCUGGGGAAAGCAAAAACCAGGCUGAAAAUCUUUUCUUCCACAGCAACGUGCAGGCUCUGGAUGUGGAGAAGCCCCAGUGGGACACGAGGAUGCAGCCAUCGGGCAGGAUUCUCUCACUGGACAGGCAAGGGGCUAAGAAAGUGCUGGAGAUCUACGUCAAGCGCUCGCUGAGCUGCUGUGAGAACUCACUGGUGGCCAAGAAGAGGCUUCAGGAGGGAACCAGAGGGCGAGGGAGGAAGGCAGAUGGGCUGAAACGGUCAAAAAGUGACUUCUCCAAGUAUUCGUGUGCCAUACUCAGCCCUAAGAAGGAGAAGGAGGAAGGACCCAAAGCACCGGACCUGGAUGAGGCUCUGGAUGAUGAGAGCAAAGCUCCCAGGGAGGUCCCUAAAGAGGAGCCAGAGCCCAAGAGGAAAAGCACAAAAAACUCUUCCCAGAGCAAAAACCAACGCACCUGGUUCAAAAGUUUCUUAAAUUUCCUCUUCAAGAAGAGCCCUGAGGAGCAGAAGGAAAAUACAGGACAAAAAGCAAAGGAGAAAGAUGCCAAAGCUCCUCCCAGCUCCAAAGUAGAAGGAGCUAAAAGACUCAGAGGGGACUUGAGCACAUCCCCACCGCUGGGCAGAGCCCCGAAGAGGAGACCCAGCCUCAAGAAGGUUUUUUCCUUCAAGAAGCACGUGGAGGAAGGGCCAGGGGGGGCGAAGGCCAAGAGGCCCAGUUGCCUUCCCCUGGGGCGUGUCCAGGAGCCUGCCAUGCCAGAUGUGGAGCAGCCCGACCGCUACUACGCGCGAGUCUCUGAAGAGAUCGGGCUGAUCGUUCAGGGCAGCGAGAGCCAGGGGAGCAGAGAACGUGGGUGUGGGGAGCUCCUGCGGCCGGGCAGCGCCGAUGGGGUCGAUGAAGCCAUCAGGAGAAUUGUCGCCCUGCUCCAGAGUGCAGGAGAUGAGCUGGACAGGCAGGUGAAGGAAGAUGCACAGCUACGGAUGUUCUUCAGAGACAUGUCCUACAGCUCCUUCAAGAACCUGGCUGAUGCCUAUGUCCGCAGGGAAAUGACAGCCAGCAGACCCGAUGUCAACCCUGAAGAAGUCCAGUUUGCCUUCGCAGUGCAUCUUACUGCCAAAGUGGCGGGCAUCUGCAACCAGGCAGUGAACAGGAUCAUGGGCUUUGGAACCCGUUACCUGGAAGACUCAUUUGCACCCUUGUCCUACAGCAAAAUUCUCCAGAACAGGGAACAGUUCAGCACAGACAACUGCGAGAGCCCGGACUGA